ACUGCUAUAUUGACACUGUGGGUUCUACAGCAUUUUUUACUGUAAUUAUCUAGGUUUGCUACUAUGUCUGAGACUGCUCCUGCCGCGCCGGCUACUCCAGCUCCAGCAGAGAAGACACCUGUGAAGAAAAAGGCUAAGAAGCCAACCGGUUCCGCAGGAGCGCGGAGAAAGGCGUCUGGGCCCCCGGUGUCUGAGCUGAUCACCAAGGCCGUGGCCGCCUCCAAUGAGCGCAGCGGCGUGUCUCUGGCCGCCCUCAAGAAGGCGCUGGCGGCCGCCGGCUACGAUGUGGAAAAGAACAACAGCCGCAUCAAGCUGGGGCUCAAAAGCCUGGUGAACAAAGGCACUCUGGUGCAGACCAAGGGGACCGGGGCCUCGGGCUCCUUCAAGCUCAACAAGAAAACUCCUGCGGGCGAAGGCAAAGGGAAGGCCAAGAAAUCGGCCUCCGCCAAAGCAAAGAAGUCAGCAGGAGCUGCCAAGAAGCCUAAAAAGACCACGGGGGCGGCUACGAAGAAAACCUUGAAAAAGACACCGAAGAAGGCUAAGAAGCCAGCAGUGGCGGCGGGAGCUAAGAAGGCAGCCAAGAGCCCGAAAAAAGCCAAAGCUGCUAAACCCAAGAAGGCGGCUAAAAGCCCUGCAAAGGCUAAAGCCGUGAAGCCCAAGGCAGCAAAGGCAAAGGUGACCAAACCUAAAACAGCUAAGCCCAAGAAGGCGGCGCCAAAGAAGAAGUAGGUCUCCGCGGGAACUUCCAACACCUCAAAGGCUCUUUUCAGAGCCACCCAUAGAUCUCAAUGAAAAGAGCUCAAUGCUACCGGAUAUCCUGCAGCGCCACAGUGCCUGACCAGUUGUAAAGCCCACGGGUCGCCGGGAGCUUUGCCAGACUGACAGACCCGAUGGUCUGCUGAGCCAGGACCCCUUUGUUUUUAUAAGUGGCCUAUAAACAAAUAAACAACAUAAUUUGAAAAAUAUUUUGUCUCUUUAAAUGACGGGUCUUAAAGUUUGCAGAGAUGAAUGGGUUAAUGCUCAUUGGUUAGAGAGCACCGGUUUUCAAGUGUGUUCAGAGAGACCCCUGGGAGUCCCCGACAUCCAUUUCAAGGGCAUGUGAGGUUAAAGACUGUUAACAGUAAUAUUUUUUUCGUUUUUAAUACAGUGUCAGUAGAUGUGACACUUUUUUAAAAAGGCUAUCUGGGGCCUCUUAAGUGUUGUAAAGGGCCAAAAAGUUUGAGAACCGCUGGGCUAGAGAAACAUUCAAAAGUCCCGCGCCUCAAGUAAAUUGGUUUGUUAUUCAACCUCACACAGCCUUGAAUUCUGGGCAAUUUGAUUGGAAAAAAUGAAUCCCUACACACUCCCACUUGCUCUUAAUGGUUAUACAUGUAGUUUCUUUUUCUCCUUGUUCUUCAGCAUUCAUAUGCUGUGUAUGUACUGCACACAAAUAACAAUUAUUGUUUUAGUUUCGGGAAAUAACUUUCAGCACCCAGAGUCCAAGGACAGUUUUUUUACUUUUUAAAAAAGUUCAAGCAGCAAAAUGCUUUGUUCCUGAGUUUUCUGCCAAAUGUUUUCACUGAUACAGAAUUUCUUUUCCAAGCAACACAAUGAACACAAAUCCGUGCUGGCACACACGCAAUAAGCCUUCUAAGUCACCAUAUGGUUUACUUGCUUUUCCAUUUAAAGUUUUAUGUCUCUUAGUUUAUUUUGUUGAGGUAAAUCAGAACGAAAUAACUUAAAAGCCAUACAUAUAUACAUACAUAUAUAUCCCUCGAAAUUUAUAUAUAACCAUCCUUACGAAUGCAAAUAACCUGAGACAUUUUCUGCUACUUAUCGUUGAACCACCGUUCUUCCCCACCCCCAUCCCUGACUCCCGCCCAAAGUUGGCCUUUCUGGAAGAUUCUUUUUGAAGUAGGAUACUAGAGAAUCCAGCAUCUAGAUAUUUAUGAUGGCUGAAAAUAUUUGUUUGAUUUGACAUUUUGGUCAUGGAGAAGAGGGGGCCGGAGGAAAGCUUUUUUCGUUUUGUUUUCCUAAAAGUGGCUGACUGCGAAAGCUUCUGGUUCCAGGGGCUUGUGUUUCCCUGGCCCCGAACUAAGUUUGUCCCUCACGAGCUUCCCUAACCUUAGGCAUUGUAUCUAUUUGCUCUUUUGGUGCAGCAAUAUGUCCAUGUUUUAAAACAAGACGCGGACCUGGUUUCUUUGCAAAGCUCCUGAUUUAACUCAUCUUUGUGGCUCAUAUUUACAUGUGCAACUUAUCUUGUGUGGUCCUAUCCUUACACCUUCCCCCUUCCCAUUUCCAUUUUGCAGAUGAGAACAUUAGAGUUCAAAGAGCUCGGGAAAAAUUACUUGGGCAGGGUUAUAUAGCACUUGUGGCUGAGGCAAAAACUUUUGCCUCGUGCUUAAUCCUGCAUUUUAUCCACUGCGCAACGCUAUUAUGUUGCCUCUGGCGAGUAGUGGUAGGUCAGAGGUGAUACGAGUCUCUCGGCUUUGUUCCUGGCCAGUUCCAAGACCAAGUCUUUAGGUUCGACUGUGGGAAGCACGCUGGGCACAGUGCUAAACCGAACUGGAAUAUAUCCCCAGACGGGCCCCGAGAGGGGAGGUACACUAGCAUCCAAACCAAUGCAAUUCGUCCAAAGAAGGCAGCAAAACGGGUAUACUAGUGUUAAAUAACUAACUUGUCAAACUGUUUAGCUAUUGGUCAAAAACAGAAUUCUGAUUGUUUUAGCCAAUCACAAGGUGGAUCUAAAAAUCUCACUAUUUAAAUAUGAUCUUCCCACUUCAGUCAAGUUGCUAAAAUUGGGGGCUGAGGUAGAUUUUCUAUAUUUGUGUAGAAGCCCUACAAAAAUAAAGCUGACCUAAAAUUUGUGUU